GCUCCGUCCGACUCUGCAAUCGAGGCGGUUUCUCCAUAGCGGUAGUCGUUGGCGUGAUCUGUGCUGUACAGAUAUUACCAGGGGAUUGUUAACCAGGCUCAUUGAACAACACUUCAAGCCUCUAUUAUUUAUAGAAAGAUGGAGGAAAUUGGUUUGUCCGUCUCUCCUGAAAAGGUUGAUGAUUCAGUGGGCGAAACAAAGACUGCUUUGAAUCUUGCUUCCAAUUUGUAUGGAAAUUUGGACUCAGAUGACCUGUACACAAAAUACAAGAAGCUGCAGCAGCAGCUCGAGUUCCUGGCCGUCCAGGAGGAGUACAUCAAGGACGAGCAGCGCAACCUGAAGAAGGAGUUUUUGCACGCGCAGGAGGAGGUGAAGCGGAUCCAGUCGGUGCCACUGGUCAUCGGCCAGUUCCUGGAGGCCGUGGACCAGAACACCGGUAUCGUGGGCAGCACCACUGGGUCCAACUUCCACGUGCGGAUCCUGUCGACGCUGGACCGCGAGCUGCUGAAGCCCUCCGCCAGCGUGGCACUGCACAAGCACAGCAACGCGCUGGUGGACGUGCUGCCGCCAGAGGCGGACUCCUCCAUCUCCAUGCUGUCAGCAGACGAGAAGCCGGACGUCUCGUAUGCCGACAUCGGCGGCAUGGAUAUCCAGAAGCAGGAGAUGCGCGAGGCGGUGGAGCUGCCGCUGACCCACUUCGAGCUGUACAAGCAGAUCGGCAUCGACCCGCCGCGCGGCGUGCUCAUGUACGGCCCGCCCGGCUGCGGCAAGACCAUGCUGGCCAAGGCCGUGGCCCAUCACACAACAGCCUCCUUCAUCCGCGUGGUAGGCUCCGAGUUCGUGCAGAAGUACCUGGGCGAGGGCCCGCGCAUGGUGCGAGACGUGUUCCGGUUGGCCAAGGAGAACUCGCCGGCCAUCAUCUUCAUCGACGAGAUUGACGCCAUCGCCACCAAGCGGUUCGAUGCGCAAACGGGCGCCGACCGCGAGGUGCAGCGCAUCCUGCUCGAGCUGCUCAAUCAGAUGGACGGCUUCGAUCAGACCACUAACGUCAAGGUGAUCAUGGCGACGAAUCGUGCCGACACGCUGGACCCGGCCCUCCUGCGGCCCGGGCGGCUCGACCGCAAGAUCGAGUUCCCGAUGCCGGACCGGCGCCAGAAGAGGCUCAUCUUCGCCACCAUCACCGGCAAGAUGAACCUCAGCGACGAGGUCGACCUCGAGGACUACGUGGCGCGGCCGGACCGCAUCAGCGGCGCCGACAUCAACGCCAUAGUGCAGGAGGCGGGCAUGCACGCUGUGCGAGAGAACCGCUACAUCGUGCUGCCCAAGGACUUCGAGAAGGGCUACAAGAACAACAUCAAGAAGGACGACCAGGAGCACGAGUUUUACAAGUAGCCGUGCGUCCGCGCCCGGCUGCUGGGCCGACGCUGCGGCAUACUGUGCUUGUAUGCGGGCAGACGAUCUAUUUGUGUCGGGCGAUGUUUCCUUGUCCCGCGCUUAACAAAUGAAGGGAACGGAAAUACAGCGUCAUCGAGUG